CUCCUCAGCCCUUAGCAUCCACACCCAUCUCUGCACGCCCCCGCUUUCUCUCUCUAGUGGUGCUGCUGUGCUGCUCAGCCUAAGAGACAAAGUAGCAGCCGCCCUUACCCCUGCGCCGUCGGGGCUCUUAGCCGUCGAAGGAGUGUUGAGCGCCUUCUUUCACUCCUGACCUCAACCCAUCCGCGACGACAUGCCAUCGCCGUACCUGCCGGGACCAUUUCUCGAGCUAUCCACGGAGAGCUUGGCCUCUGGUGGCGAGCUCAACGUCGAUCAGCUCGCAGCGCUUUGGAAUGUCUUCACCAAGGUGGGCGACUCACUGCACAAAGGUCGCCGCCUCGAGAACUUUGCGUGGAGAGCAUGGCAUCGAGAAGCUCACCUUCUGCCGCCCGAUGCCUCAUGGUCCGACUUUGCAGAUUCGACGCCCCUCGAAACGCCAGCGCUAAGCAGAGCGGGAAGCAUCUCACAGAGCUUCAGCCGCAAGCCGUCCAUCCUUGCUGCACAGUGGCCAUCCACCGUCAACGAGGAUGAAAAUGCGCCAUCUGACCCAGAGGACGGCGACGAGUGGAGCAGUGACAGCAGCGCAGAAGAGGACGAUGUGCAGCAGCCAGAAGCUGGGCCGUCACGCGGCAGAACAGCAUCGCCACCUCGGAGUAGCAGGCCAGCAAAUACGAGUACACUAGUCACCUCGCCGCCAUCCGGUUCUCAAGCGGAUGAGGGCUCAUAUCGCAGACGUACUACGUCCUCGUCAUCCGCCUUUGGCAGCCGCGCGAGGGUCCGCUUUUCCAACCUCAAGAAGUCCAAUCGCCGCCGCCCGCUCAGCUUCCAGGCCGCUCUGCGCAGCUUGGCAUCGACGGACGAAUCGGAUGACCUCGCCACUUUGGCGCGAGAACAUCGACGUCAAGGUCUGCCAGCGGGGCAGCAACGCAGAUCGUUCCAAGGGGCGCCAGGGGCGAUUGACAUGGCUUCUCGUACAGACGGCGCAGAGGUGCUAGAGGCCAUAGCUGCCUCUCAUUCAAGCGCUCCUGCUGCGGCGGAAAGGAGUGAGGGCAUGCCAUCGAGCUCGAGCACAAAAGCAAUGCCUCCUCCCUCUGGUCCCAUCGAACCCAAACCAGCAGCAUCAGCCAUCAAAGAAGCCACACGACCAUCGCCUGCUCAGCCAGUCCCUCGCACCGAGAGCUCACAACGAGCCGAUGACAGCAAGAAGGCCAAGUUCUUCCUCUCCACAAGCGUCAGCAGGAGCUUUGAGGACGGCGCCGAGUCUCCUAUCCCUCCUCCGCCGGUGGCCCGCGAAGCACCACCGCAACCGGCACCGGCGCCUGUAGCUCCGGCCGCGCCACCCCCCGCUCAGGCACAGGUGCAUGCUCCGCCUCUCAAGCCCAACAAGAGCAAGACGGACUUGGCACGCGGCGGCGCUCAUCAUCGUUCCGCCACAAACCUUCACAAGAGCGGGGGUGGGAGCGGAGCCGGUGGCAAAGGCAAGCAUGGUGGUGGCAAGGGUAGCUCUGGUCGCCUCUCUGCGCUGCAUGGCCUCACGAUGACCAAGACUCAGCAUCCGGCACCAGCUGCAGGACCGUCCAAGAAGGCAGGUAAGGCGACCGGAAAGCCGGUCAAGUUCGCGCUUGGCGGCGAUGAUGACGACGAGUUCACGGACGAAGAAGAGGAGCCGCCGAAGCCAGCUGCCGCGCCUGCGCCAACCUCAAAAGCAACGCAGCUUUCUCCUGGCCCCGCUGAGGAGGAGGUAGUCGAAGAAGACGAUGAGGAAGGCUGGUCGAGCGACACUUCCGCCGAAGCAGAAGAAGAGCGUCGAAAGGUACAAGAAGCGGCAGAGCGACGUCGCCGUAAUGAACAGGAACGACAGCAAGAGAUGUUCAAGAAGAUCCCUCUCCGCUCAAAAAGUGCAGCAGACGUGCGAAUGCUCGGCGAGCACGGCCGGUCAUCCUCUGACGUUGGUCCUCGCAGCGGCACAACCACGCCUCGAUACGACGAAGAGCCGCAGCCACAGCAGGUGCCCGUGCGAGGUCUGCUCAGCUCUCUUUUCCAUCCGGAACAGGAGCCACACUCACCGCCGGGCCAGCUGCACGGACGUCCGCACGCUAGCGCUGCGGAUCUGCGCCAUGCUCAUCAGGCUCAGCACGGCCAGCAGCAUCAGCACAAAGCUCACGCUGCGCAACACAGCUCGCACCAUCAUCAUCAGGCACCGCGUACGCGGGAAGGCUCGAAGUCUGGCGACCAAGCCAAGAGGCAAUCUCAGUAUCAGCAUCAUCGUCCUCCCUCGCUCAUCCUCGGUACGCCAAGCAAUGACAAUGGCGGUCCACUUCGACCAAGCAAGAGCGCGGCUGCCUUACCCGUUCUCAACGUCGCCGCAACCACCCCAACGGCAGCCACAGCUGCGUCAACCGGCAGUCAGGAGGAGAGCUCUGACGUCUUUGAGAGCGGCAGUCUGAUUCAGCAGCGAGGCCUCGAAGGGGGAGAGCGAUCAGGUCGCCAGGAUGGUGGCCCACCGUCGUCGUCGUCAUCUCGCGCAAAGUCCAAGUCGAAGUCGCGCGAGCGGAUGAGAGACGAAUCUUCUGCCACCGUAGACGCCCCCGCCGUUGCGCCACAUCGCGCUGCACCCAUGGCGGCGCCUAUUGCUCCACAGACCCCACGCACGACACGCCGCAAUAUGCUGCGCGACGAGCUGUCUGAGAGCUUGAGGCAGAAUCUCCUCUGGGAGCGUCAGUCUCGCAAUCGUAUGCUGGGCAUCGGUGCCACAGCUGCGAGGGAGCAGUCCGCGCCUGCGCCCCAGCCGCAGCAGCAGCAGAGGGAAGGCACAUCGAGACCUCAUCGACGAGAGACCGUCCUAGGGGGAAACACGCUGCGCCCGCUCACUCAGACACAAGGAGCUGGGGCGGGGCCAAGUCAGCAGCAGCAGCAUCAGCAAAACCAGCACUCACGUCAGAACUCGAAUGCAUCGGGUCGAAGCGAGUCCUCGCAUCGCCAGAACCAUCACUCGCGCAGCACCUCCUCCCUGCCACGCAUGAGCGCCGAAGCCGCCGCACGUCAGAGCAAUGCGCAUGCCGCAGCGGCCACUGGGACCCAGCAGUUGAGCAGUGCCGAGACGUCAGACGAGGAGGACGAGCAUCGUCAUCGCGGAGAGGACGCCCAUCACGGCCUGGGCCACAGUCAUAGCCAUACCAGUAGUAGUGGAGGGACGACCGUAGGUGGCAGUGCGGGGACCAGCUCUGGGUCUGGUGCGCAUCAUCGCGACCGAGACAGGGAUAGGGACGGGCCGAAGAAGAAGGUCAUGUGGCCUGGUGGGUUCCCCAACUAUCAUCAGCAUGGGUGGUAGUCGCGGGGAAGCCGCUGCGGAGGGCGACCAGGAGAAGAGAGGGGGGAAGUUAAGGCGCGACGUUGCUGUCAUUUUCGUGUUUCUCUUGUUCAUUUUUUCUUCCAUCUGUACCAUCUCAUCUCAUCUGUCGCGCAUCAAUUGACGCACGGUGCUCGUAAUACAUGGAGCGGCCGGCCUUCUUC